CCAUCCUCAUGUUUCAGUAUAGGCCUAAGUCAUACCUUGUAAUCUCCGUCAACUCCCAUUGUACGACACAAGCGUCGUGGUGUUUGGAGCAAACUUACUCGUCUGAAGUUUCGGUAUACCCUUCCUUUAGUGCAAAUCAAUGCCCGUACCACUAGGAUUGGCAAUGACCUCAAAUUGAAAAGCUCCGCUAAUCUGGGGAUCAUGCGCAUGGAGGGGAACAGGUAGGACAGGAUGACUUAAAAUCUAUAUAGACGAGAUGGCUUAAGGUAUUAUAAAGAACGGCAGUCCCGAUCCCCCCCUCAUCCAAGCUGUUUCGGCGUCUAUAUCCAGCCAUACCACAUCCCCUUCAAGUCACUCGUUCACAAUGGCCAUAUACUGGCUUCUGUCACUCGUUUGCCUACUGACGCCCCUCUCAUCCGCCGCACAGGGUUAUUCAGGUGGCGGUCUUAUAGACGAAACCGUUACCAAGAGCGUCACUGAGACUGUCACGAAAUAUCUAUCUCAAUGCGGUACAUUGGAAACUUCGUCUCAUACUCCUGACAUAACACUACCCGGCACUACCACGCGUACGAGCACCCUCCAAGCAACUAUCUCUACCACGAUAACAGCCAAUGUCACCUACACCUCGGGAGCUGCUGCCACCGGUUUUACCUCCUCCCAGUCGGACAUCACGCUUCAUACUCCUACUAUCACACCCACAGCUCUUACGACGGAAAGCAUUAGUUGUUCCUCGUCCAAUUAUUCUGUGACCCAUGCCAACACCACGAAGAUACCUUGCUCAACUUCAACUGUCUUAGUCCCAGUUCCUCUUGGUUCAUCUUCUCAUUCUACGCCCUGUACUACAUCUUUCCAUAGCACUUCUUCUACGUCAACACCGACUAUAUCACCAACCCAGAUACCAGUCAGCGAAUCGGCUCAACUUAGGGGAGUCGUAGCUACGCGGAAGUUCCUAGGGGUAUUAACUAUGGUCUCCAUACUAAUUACGGGCUUUCUAUGAAAGAAGCCAUGCUGUAAUGAGAGAUGGAUAGGAUUGAAUCAACAAGUUCUCGAUGCUUACGGAACUCUAGGCAUGCUCAUGAACU